UGACCAAGAAAUAUUGAAAAUAUGUAAAUUAGUAAUUGAUCCUAAAAUUAAUAUUUCACAUAAUAUAAAUACCAUUGAUGAAUUAAUAAAAGCUUUAAAGCAAGAUAUAUUUUUUAUAAUAUCUAAAGAUGAUGCUAAGAGAAAAUUAUCUUCUAUGAAAUAUAUUUCAGAAAACGAUGGUGGUGAUCACAUUAAAUUUAUGAAAGAAUUUCUUACAUAUUGUUAUAAUGCGGAAAUAUAUAAAGAAAUUAAUGAAAUGAAGAGAUAUUUAUGUAAAACUUUAAAAGAAAGUCGAUAUUUACAAAAGGAAUUUGUUAAUCGAGUAGAAAAUAUCGAUUCAACAAAUGAAUUGAUAAAAAACUUUGAAGAUAUUGUUUUUAAACAAACGUUGAUAAAAUAUGGA